UUUAGCUGUUUUUUAGAUAUUUACACGAGAUAUAUUGAACUAAGAAACAAUCAUUUACCAAUAUUUACUCGUCAUAACAUCAUGGAAAAUUCGGUCAAAGAUGCGGAAGAACGAAAAAAACCAUUGUAUAUGAACUGCGAAGGUGUAAUAGUGCCAGCGGUGUUAUCCGAAGAGGCCGUUCGAUCAGCAAUACAUUACAGUCAUCGUCCAGGCGAUCUUUUCAUUACAACUUAUCCGAAAUGUGGUACCACGUGGAUGCAACAUAUCGUUAUGUUAAUUUUACAAGACGGAAAACCCAUAAAUGAUCCAUUGGAGUUUUUUUUAAGAAGUCCAUCGAUAGAAAUGUGUGGAGCAGAUGCUAUUGAUCUCAUGCCCGGUCCGGGAGUUAUUAAAACACAUCUUCCUGUGGAAAAAAUGAAAAUGAAUCCAAAAGCGAAGUACAUCUUUGUUGCUCGAAAUCCUAAGGAUUGUUGCGUUUCGUUAUAUUAUCACACUAAGAAUCUUCUGUUUUAUAAGUUUGAAGAUGGUACUUUUGAUGAAUUUUUUCAAUUAUUUAUCGAAGGAAAUGUAGAUUACGGCGAUUACUUCGAUCAUUUGCUUCCUUGGUAUAAUAGGAGACACGAUGACAAUAUAUAUUUUACCACUUUUGAGAGAAUUAAAAAGAAUACUAAAGAAGAAGUCUUAAACAUUGCAGCAUUUAUUGAUAAAAAGCACAGAGAAAAAUUAGAGAAUGAUCCGAAAUUACUCGACGAUAUUUUAUAUUACAGCAGCUUAGAUUACAUGAAAACUCAUUCGAAUUAUAAAUGCUUCGUACAAAAACUUUCAGAACACAUCAAACAAGGGAAGCCUAUUUCGUCGGGAUUAAAGGCUUUCUAUACAAAUUUGCACGACGAAAGCGGGAACAAAAGCAUGAAAGGAGAAUUUAUUAGAAAAGGAAGUAUUGGAGAUUGGAAAAAUCAUUUCACUCCCGAACAAGAAAGAAUAUUUCAAGAAAAAAUAAAAAUGAAAACACGUAAUAGCGACGUCAUGGAUCUGUGGAAGGAAUGAGAAUGCAGGAAAACAUAUUAAGCUAUUCAAAAAUAUUGCUUUUUUUUUUAAAUUAAAUGCUUUGCUAAUGGAAUAAAUUCCUCUAUACUGUACAUGAAAAUUUUGAAUAGACAAUGAAUUUAGUUUUUCUCUGAUAAUAUUUUAGUAAUAUGGAAUGCUACAUAUAUAAAUUAAUAAUACAUUGAUCCAACAGCAUAUUAUUUACUGUAAAAAAAUUAUUUGGUAAAUAAAGAACGUGUCGAA